UUCCGGCCGGGUCCGCCCCAGCUUCUUCGGCCCCACGUGUGUUUGGGUUGGAGCCCCACUGUGAGCCGUUGAAGCUGCUGUCGGUGAGGUUGCCCGGGUCUGGAGUGCAGAAUCCCCCCCGGGGCCGCGGGGACGUCACCAUGCCUAAAGCACUAAAGGGAAAAAUUGUGGGACGGGAAAAAAAAGUCAUCCAUCCGUAUAGUAGAAAAGCAGCUCAAAUUACGAGAGAGACCCACAAAAAAGAAAAAAAGGAAAAGUUGAAGAAUGAAAAGGCUUUGCGUCUCAACCUUAUUGGUGAAAAACUGCAGUGGUUUCAGAAUCAUAUUGAUCCCCAAAAAGUAGCAUAUUCAAAGAAAAAUGCUUGCGAAUUAAUUGAAAGGUAUUUAAAUCGAUUCAACAGUGAGCUGGAGCAGAUUGAAUUACAUAACAGUAUCAAAGACAGGCAGGGAAGGCGGCACUGUUCCCGGGAGACGGUCAUCAGGCAGACAAUGGAGCGCGAGCGACAGCAGUACGAGGGAUAUGGCCUUGAGAUUCCAGAUAUUGUAAAUGCAGGUAAUCUGAAAACUUUUAGGGAAUGGGAUUUUGAUCUGAAGAAAUUACCAAACAUUAAAAUGAGAAAAAUGUGUGCUAAUGAUGCAGUUCCCAAGAAGUGUAAGAAGAAAACUGUUAUAACUGUGGACAAAGAUUUAGGGGAAUUGGAACUAAAUGAUGAAUCAAGUGACUCAGAUGAGGAAAUGACUGCAGUGGCCUAAUUUUCCUUUACUUGAGUUGAAAAUAAAUAAGUUGAGAGCUUCAAGUU